CAAGCACAAUUUGAAUACAUUUGCUUCCAACUUUACGCGUGAACUGACCACUCUUUUCAUAAUCGUAUGGAUUUUUAAUUUCUUCUAGAAAUACAACAAAAAGGACCUCGACGAUGUCCAGAUUAUCAUGGAUAACCACCCCGAGUCCCAUCCUCGACACUUGUUGGCGCUCUCCGCCCACAACACCCCGACACAUACCGUUAGCAGUGGUGACCGUAGUUCCAUACAUAGUAGUAUGAGUAGUAGUUACUCAGACAUUUAUUCUGCAGCAGAAAACCAAGAUUUGGAUCUGAGUGGCCUUGUGGAAAGCACUGUGGAUUCAGAUGAAGAAGAAUCUAGUGAAUCAGGGUCUCUUCUUGUCAGGGAUCUUGUCCGAGAUUGUUUGGAGAAAGACCCGAUGCAUCGGACGGAGGAUGAAAUAGAGUUGCUCUUAGACUUCAUGCGCCACCUUCCUGCGUUUGCCAACAUGACGAUGUCGGUGCGGAGAGCGUUGUGCUCCGUCAUGGUGUUUGCGGUUGUCAGUAAAGCUGGAACGGUAGUCAUGAAAGACGGGGAAGAGUUGGAUUCCUGGUCCGUUAUACUGAAUGGUCACGUAGAAGUUUCUAAACCAGAUGGAAGUGUCGAUGAACUGCACUUAGGAGAUAGUUUUGGAGUAAAACCCACGGAGGAGAAACAGCAUCAUGCCGGUGUCAUGAGAACAACGGUAGACGACUGUCAGUUUGUCUGUAUAGAACAAGGUCAAUAUUUUAGGAUCUUAACACAGGGUGAAGAAAAUAUCAGGAGAAUAUCCGACGACGGGGAGCUGGUGAUGGUUACAGAGCACAGAGUCUUGGAUGAGAGACGAUACGGACAUGUUGUAAUUAAGGCCACACCACAUAAACUUGUGGGUCAUUUAGUCGCCAACCAUUCUCCCAUUGACCCUACGUAUGUAGAAGAUUUCCUGAUGACGUACAGGACGUACAUGGACACCCCGCACCAGAUAUGCAGGUGUCUUCUUAUCUGGUUCCAAGAUGUAGCGAUGAGGGAUAAGGUGACGCGCGUGGUGCUGCUUUGGGUCAACAAUUACUACAAUGAUUUUGAGAGUAAUAUUGACAUGAUCGAGUUCCUGGAAGAGUUUGAGGACAACUUAGAAAAAGAGAAUAUGACAGGCCAACUCAGGUUAUUACAUAUAGCAGGAGCAGCCAAGGCUAAACCAAGGACCGUUAUUCUGGCCCGAUCAGAUAGGGAAUCAUCAUUAGCAUUCAGUAUUGUAGGAGGUUGGGAGAAGAAGAUGGGGAUCUUCAUCUCAAAGGUGGACAAAGGAUCCAAGGCCCAGGAAGUGGGUCUACGCAAAGGAGAUCAGAUCCUCGAAGUUAACGGACACAACUUUGAGCAUGUGACCAAUGAGAAGGCAGAGAAGAUCUUAAAAGGAACAACACAUCUCAGUAUCAUAGUUAAAUACAACACCCUAGCAUUCCGUGACCUGCUGGCUUCUCAGGACAGUCGUCCUGGUACGGGCCGCCGGGCCAGCCAAGAGAUAGCCCUCCUCCAGAGCGACCCACUGGCCAGGCUAGCCCUGCCGGACAUGGGCCUCUCGCUUGCCGGUGGACCUCCGGAAAUCAAGGAUAAGUCCAAGUUGGACAAGAAAACAGCAUUCGGCAAGAACAAGACCAAGCUCAUGAGAACAAUGGCCAAAUUGAACAUAUUACCCAACAAGCCAAAUGCCAAAGAUGACAAUGUAGCAGCUGGCUUGAUGCGCAGCGGCCGUGCAAACAGCCUUGCCAGUAGCAACCCGUACCUGAGUAAUAGUAACCCAGACCUGUCCUCAUUGCCGAGUAUUUCCUACUUCGAUGGAGGAGGUGGGGGAGGGUACGGCUACAACGACUUCCCUGAACAUGUGCUGAAGAUUUACAAGGCGGACCAGUCUUGCAAAUAUUUCCUUGUUCAUAAGGAGACCACAGCCAAUGAGGUGACCAUGCUCUCCAUGCGCGAAUUCAACGUGUCCGAACCGGCCUGUACGGGUAAAUAUUCCCUCUGUGAGGUGACCGUCGGUCAAGGUGGACUGGUCAAGCAGAAGAGACUUCCCGAUCAUCAAGCCAACAUUGCAUCCAAGCUCAGUCUCAACGGGAGACUCUUCCUCAAAAACAACAUGGCUUCUGAGACGCUCAUGCCCGAUGAAGUGGCAGUGGAACUGCUGAAAGAGAGUCAAGUGAAUUUCCUGCAGCUCGACAGUGUGGAGGUCGCCGUCCAGUUCUCUUUGCGUGACUACGCCAUUUUCCAAGCGAUAGAGCCAACUGACUACAUAGAGGAUCUCUUCAAUCUAGAACCCCAAGGCAAGAAGGAGGUGGACAGACUCAAAGCGUAUGAAGAGUUGGUAAACCUUGAGAUGUUCUGGGUUGUUUCUGAGGUUGUGAGCGAGCCUAACGUCGUGAAGAGAGCCAAGAUACUCAAACAGUUCAUCAAGAUAGCAAGGCACUUCAAGGACUGCCACAACUUCAACUCCCUGUUUGCCGUCAUCAGCGGUCUGGGUCACGGGUCGGUCUCGAGACAGCGCCUGGCGUGGGACAAGGUCCCUAGCAAGUACAUCAAGAUGUUUGAAGAUCUCCAGGCCUUGCUUGAUCCCUCAAGGAACAUGUCCAAGUAUCGCAACCUCAUCAAUGCAGAGAAUGUCCAGCCACCAUUGAUGCCGUUUUUCCCGAUCGUGAAGAAAGAUCUGACAUUCAUCCAUCUUGGCAAUGACUCGUACGUAGAGGGCCUCAUCAACUUUGAGAAGCUGAGGAUGGUCGCGAAGGAAGUCCGAUAUUUCCACAGCAUGGGCAAUGCGCAAUAUGAUCCCAAGCAUCUGCUGACCCCCGUCCAGCCCCAAGGCAACUCCUACAGCUUCAGCGUCGUCUCGGGAACGGCAACGUUACCAAGGAAACGGAACCAGAACCGACGCAACUCGGGGCUUCUUAACCCCAAGAAGAUGUGGGAGGAGGCUCAGAUGUGCCGUAGAGUGAAGAUGUACAUGUCCAAUCUUACCGUGCUGCAAGAUGAAGAUAAACUCAGAGAGAUGUCACUCAGGUGUGAACCGGUAGCAAGCACAGGCGGAAGCAGUGGUAACAGCAGCGGCUACGCCACCCUCCCUCGCCGAACCCAUCACAACUCCGCUUCCAAUGUCUCUCAAUCUUCGCUGGAUCCCAGCGAUACCGCCUCCAUCACCUCCUCUUCCUCCCUCAUGCCCCCUCCCCAGACGGCCACCUCCGGCCGUCAGCCCCACCCCAACAAGUCGUCCUCACCGACGCACGGGCGCGACCCGAGGGAGGAGAAGCUAAAACAGAUUAUCUAUAAGGACGCGCCCAAGACUUCUUUUGGUGCCACGUCUCCGAAAAAUCUCAAGAAACUGCUCUCGUUAUCGGAAGAGGGAGACAAACACAUAAAGACCCUGCGCAUGGAGCGAUCAUCGAAGAGCGACGAUUCCGCGUCCAUCGACUCCUCCAGGGCCUCGAUGAUGAGCUCCCCGCCGACCUCGCCGGGGGCGAAGUCGCAGAAGAGAUUUCGGAAGCUUGGUAUCGUCAACAAGAUGAACAAUAUGUCGACGGGAUCGUUAGAGCCGAGACAGAGACGGCCGCUGAGCCCUCAGAGGAGCGAUAGCGGAUACGGAGGAAGCGAAGCAGGAUCUCAAAGUGGUCGGGUCGAACAACACGAUCCUCGUAGGAGACAUACCGUUGCAUCUGGUCCACCUGCCUCUGCUUUCAUUGGUGGGGGUAUAGGUGCUUACGACAGCUCCGACUCAGGGGGCGGGCUUUCUUACGAUACGCAGAGCAACUCAUCCUUCGGUUCGUCGUCGCCACCGACGCGUGAUAACCGAUUCGUCCGAGAUGGAAUGCAUACGUACAACAAGGCGCAGGCCUUACCCGUCGGUCAGAUGGGAUAUGGAUCCUACCCAAGGCCCCGCCCCCCACCUGACUAUCACACAGUCAGAAAGAGUAUAUCUCCUAAUAAAGUCCCUCCUCCCAAGCUCUACUCUCCGCCCCCUCAGGAGAUGCAGGAACGGAAACCACCCGAUUAUGAGAUCGCAGCUGCCAGAGCACGGGACUUGCCACGUAGUAGUGAAUCAUGCGAUUUCUACGAUUCAGAUAAUGAGCAAGUGUCUGUUGUAUGAUGUCAUCCGUAGAGUCCGUUUCAUUAUGGCACCACAAUCAUUGGUAGAUGACCUUAUGACCUCCGAGCAGUUUGUCCUGUUCCAGAUGUAUCAAUAGACCUUUUACUUUGUACUGUAUAUUACACAGAGGAAGCACAAAACUUGUAGUCGUAAAGUCAAUUUAAGUGCAAGGAAUUUGUCAGUGAUUAAUGACUUUGGAGCUGGCUGCAAGGCAUACCAUAAGUGAUCACCUAUCAGAGAUACUAUGAGAGAAUUGAGAAGGAUCCAUCUUCAACCGGCUAUAUUUAUUUCCAUGCUCAUUUUAAUUUGAACUGACAUUAUGAUGUCAUGAAUCCAUUGAACUCUUCAUGAGCUUUGGUAGAAGAAAGUACAGGAUUGGAUACUUCUGUGAAUAAAACAGUGGCCAAAUGAGAUCCCUGCUGAACUCCAUGCUUCAUUCUGCAUAGUUUUGUAUACCAUGUGGACACCCACACCCUAUGUAAACUCCUUAUGCAAACUCCUGUAAAAGGGCAUCCUUGUUGAAGGGUGUCUUCUGCAGUCCUAAGCUGGAAGGAACUUGUGCAAAAGUCUGUAGCAAUCUUGUCUGUGUCUAUUUGGCGUCGAGUUAUGUAACAUGCAUGUUUGGCCAUGUUUCAUGAAACUUCUCACCAAUGGCAGCUUAGAAGUUCCUGAUAUCCUGCCAUUUGAUUAGCAAACUGCAAAUUCAUCUUCGAUUUCUAUCAUUUAAUAUGAUAGAAUAUAAUAAGUUUUGUGAGAAUAGGGCCCAGAUUGUAGUUCUGAAGGAACUAGUUCAGCCCAUAGCAGUUUAGAAGGGUUUCUUUUACUCCAUGACUUUUUUUUUGGGGGGGGGGUGGGUUGUAUUUGGUUGGAAUGAGCCAGAAUUUCAAAUAGAAUUGACAGUGAUUGAUUAUUUUUUUACACUUUUUCAUAGUAAAGAAAAACAGAGAUAAGUGUUUGUGAUAUGAAUGUUUACAUAAUAGGAAGGAAUAGAAGUUGGGUUUUAAAAAAAUUGUACAUUUUAUGCAGAAAUUGAUCUCAAAGCUUGCCAUUUUAAUAUACAAACUUCAAUCUAUAUUUUACAGUUGAUCCAGUAAUCUUUGUGAAUAUUGAAAAAUGUUCUUAGAAAAAUAAAAUUGAUAGAAUGAUUUUUUUUUUUGGUUACAUUCUGGUCAUUAAAAUCUUUUGGAGCACCCAAACUUUUAAAAAUGCAACCGAACCCCCCCCUAAAAAAAUGUGACUCUUAACUGCUAUGGUCGCAAUGCACUUUACAUAGAGACAGAUGAAUGCUAUCUCCUAAUGUGCAUUUCUUUUAUGUAGAUAUUAUUUCCUCUGUUACCCUUUUAAACAGUGUUUGUGUUUGACAAUGUGUGUGCAAUUUCUAUACAGAGUUUUAGUUGUAAAUGGUGAGAGAUAUAUUGAUUCCAAAUCAAUUAUGUUAGGAAAAAAAAAACUCCCUCCAUUGUAUAUGUGAACAGUAUUUUGUUUAUAUUGUAAACUAUUCUGUAACUCUGUACAGAUCUUAUCGAUAUGCAAAGAAAAGAUUGAAAAUGAGGGAGUGAGAAAAAUUGCCACUAUUUGCCAUUUUAUUUAAUCUCUCCUCAAGCGACUGUAGUAGAAGUAUAGUCUUAGGGUCAAUUUCUUGGAACAGGAGGCUUCAUGCCACAGUAAUUAAGUCAACUUUUUCUGUCCCUGGCGUUCCCCUGGUUGAUAUUUCUUAUUUUGUAUUGUUUACAUUGAAAUGUAUUUUUGAAUAUUAUUUGCCGAAUAAAUAAUAAUGAUAAUAAUUUCCAUUAUAUUAUUUGAGCGAUGCAUGCUAAUAUUUCCAUGAUCAUAGUGUAUGGAUUAAAUGCUUUUCAUGUACAUGUAAUUUGUAUUGUUCACAAAGUGAGUUGUCAAAAAGUAUUGAGGUUCUGCUGCAACUUCUGUCACAAGAUUGUUUUAUUUCCACAAAUCACUUUGUUUCAAUCAUUUCGAAUCACUUUUAUACAAACUGAAGUAAAACAACACUAUUACAUUUAUUUGCAUUUAAUAAUGACAAUUUAAUCCCUAGAAUUUUGUUUUCUAUUUAAUUAGAGCACAGUGCAUUCAUGAAUUGGCCUUGCGUGAAGUAUCACAAUAGUAUUGAACUUUUCUAUUCAUCAGAUAUUACUACCUGCAUUUAGUUAUUAUUAUAUGAUAUUGAUACUAGCUCUCAGGUAAUGUAACAAUUUCAAACCGUAUGCACAUCAUUUACUGAUAAAUCCUAGAUUUCUAGGUUCUCCUUGUACAGGGUGUCCAAGAAAACAGACUAUCAUCUCCAGUUGCUUGUGAUUUAUUCUCUUUAUCAGCAAAAUGUUUAAGGUAAAUAAAGUAGUUGCAGCAAACAAUUAUUUCAUGAGAUAGUCUUUAAAAUCAAGGUUAAUUGUCACCAUAUUAUUAUUAUUGAUCUAGAUUUGUUACAUUAAAAUAAACUUCUCUUUGUGAAAUCAUGAAAUCUUAGCUGAAAACCAAUAAUUCUGAUGAUCACUAACACAAAAAGGCAUAUGCGGGACAGUGUAUUAAUAUUGCUUGGAAAAAUACCUGACAUUUUAUGGAAUUCCUUGCUUAUUUUGCUCAUUUCUCAGCAAUUUCACAGUUUUCCUACAGCCAUUUGGCACAUUUUUUUUU